CUAUCCACUAAUUGGCUGAGUUCUAUCUAUCUAUCGAAUCCCGCUUCCCCGGCAAAUCCCCUGCGAAUCACAUUCCUCUAACAGGAGGCUGUGAUCAGAUCAGCACCGUUCGGUGUCGAUGGCGGAACGCACCCGGGUUCCGCGGGUGAUGGACCAUGGCACGGAAGCAGCAAAAGUACGAAGCACACGGUGAAUGGAAGCUGCAGAUACUAUAAUCUUGUAUUGCGGGUGUUUGAAACUGACCAGGGGACUUGUUUUCACGCCUAUGAUUGCUGUUGCAUCUCCCAGAACUCUCGGAUUUUCGGCGGCUCCGGAAAUUUUGAAAAAUAUCAAACAUAUCAGAAAAGAAGUACUUGAGUAUAUAAUCGCAAGCCAACAGGCAAAAGGAGUGAUGGGAACGUGGCACUCGACCUAUAUAAGGACCAUGGGAUCCGGAAGAUGUAGACCACACACACACACACGGCAUAACCGCCGCGCAAGUGAUCUCAACCUUCCCAGUGCUUCAUGUUAUGGCAGUCUACGCCAAGACGGUCCUCGCCAAGUUGUGGAACACUGUUUCAGACAUACUAUGCUACAGUCUCAUGCAGAAAGUAGGUGUCCGGCAAGACCUUCAUCGUAUAGCCCCCCCUCGAGACCUAGAGGCAGGACGCCCUCCUAUAUACACUAUACCAAGCACAUACAAUGACGAAGGAGCUCGGCCGAUGACUGUCUACAGCCGGGUAAGGAUGUAUCUGGAUCUUGAUGUGGCUUCAGAGUACACAAUGGACAGAUCGCUGUGACCUUUGUCUGUAUCAAUAUUGAUUAAGCCUUGUUUAUAGUAGAGAAUAGAAUUACUUGAUGCCUUGAUGCCUUGAGCUCAAAUCCUGCUGCCUGGAUUCCAAGGCAGAAACAGCCUUUCUCUGUUCCGCUCCGCCUCGUCUUUUCUUCCGCCAC